AAGAUAUUUCAAAUCAAUUUUAGUAGAGGUGUUGUACACAUAUCAAUUUAAAAUUUAUUCAAGUCUAUAUCAAAAUGGAUGGUGUAUACUCCAUUUUCAAUGGGGUGUUAACGUGUGAAAUUCCUUCCAAGACUAGCGAAUCUUUAACUGGAAGUUGUAGAACUUAGCAGUAGUACGGCCUCUAGAACAUCUGCAACCCUUAAACUUAGGAAUUUCAAUAUUUGAAACAUCAAACCAAUCCGUCAAUUUCUAUUUAAACCCUAAAAAUUAGUAAUAGAAUUGAUUUUUGUUCUAAUUCCAAACUUCUACUAAUUUGAUAGAGACAAUGAUCUUGAGAACUCCACCUCCGAGGAAACGCAGGGCAGAAUCUAGGCCUUCGGAAGAUGACAUUUCUACUGAUGCUCCUCUUGUCAUCUAUGAGGACCCGCCGCUUCAAUCUUCUUCUCCUCAGCCUUCUGAUCACUUGCUCUGCACUUAUCAAUGCCGUCAAAUGGUUAAAGCUGAGCUAUUAGAUAAUUUUUCUAGUAUGGAGAAAUCAGUCACUGAAUAUCAGUCCAAAUUAGAGACGCUGAAUGAGAAACUUCUCAAAGCAGAAUCAGAAGCUAAGAAAUACCAGGAUCAGUUCCUUUAUGCCGAGCAGGAGCUUGCUGCUGCAAAAGGUCGUGAGCAUGCACUGCAGGAGAAGAUCUUGAAGGAGAUCAAGGAAUCUCACGAACAACUGAAAAAACAAAUACUGUUGUGCAAUGAACUUGAGGUUAAGCUCAAAAAGGAAGAGAGCAUGCGCAAGAGUUCAGAAUCAUCAGCUGCUGCGUUUGAAGAGAAAGCUAAAGUUUUAGAGCGACAACUAAAGCAGCUCUCUGAUAGCACAGAGAGGGAAAGGAAGAAUCUACAAGAUGAACUUAUGCAUUUAAAUGGAGAUUCAAAGCUUUCUGUGUCUAGGUUAAGGGCUGAUCUUGAGAGGGUUCAGUGCCAAGCUGAUAAUGCAGAAAACGAGUCAGAGCUAUUGAAAGAGAAGCUGGAAGACAUUAGCCAACAACUCAAUAAGUGUUUGUCUGAGAAGAAUGAACUGGAAAAACAAAUAGCACGUUUUGCUUGUCCAAAGGAAGAUUCUGUUUUCUCCCAGAAUGAUGCCUUAGUCAAACAUUUACAGGAAGAGCUAAGGAAUUAUGAAUCUGAAGUGCUUGAGGCUAGGAAGUUGAAACAAUCUCAUGAGAACAUUGAGCUCUUGAAGGAGAAGCUCAUAGAAGAAAAAGGACGCAGAGAAAAGAUCGAGGCGGAGUUGGUUAAGUCACAAGAGAUUCAGCUGAGUAUGAAGGUUUUGGAGGAUGAGUUGUCUUCUUGGAAGAAAAUAACUAAAGACAUUCCUGGAGUUGAAUCUUCCGAUGAUAUCCUACUAAAAUUUGUUGCUCUGCAGAAGGAGGUAAUAGAUACCAUGGCAAAGCUGGGAGAGGCUAAUACACGCUUGAAACAACUCGAGGUAGCUCUGGAAAAUGCUGAGCUUGAGAAGAAAAAAGCCGAAUCAGAAUUGGCAUCGGCGAAGCAGAAGGAAGAAUAUAUGAAUCUAGAUAAUAAGGAACUAAAAUCAAGGUUAUCUUCAGUCAUUGAAGAAAGAGAUCAAUUGAGAACUGUUUUCAAUGAAAUGAAUCAACAAUCAAAUGCAGAACCUGGUAAUGAAGCUGCGAGGACAAAUCUUGUUCAGGGGGCAGAAUCAUCUCUUUCCCAGAAAGAAUCUUACAUUAAGGAGUUGGAAAGCAAUCUCAUUGAACAAAAGGCCGCUAAUGAUCGUCAUUUUAAUGAAAUUAGGAUGCUGAAUGAGAAAUUGAAUAAUGAAGCGAGAAGAAUAAAGUCUUUGGAGAGAGAGGGAGAUCAACUUCGUUCGGAGAUCGCUUUGCUGGAAUCCAAAUUGGGGCAUGGUGAUUUUUCAGCGUCAAAGACAAAAGUUCUGCGCAUGGUGAAUGCAUUGGGGGUUGAAAGUGAGGCUAGGCAAACAAUAGAAGCCUUACAAUGUGAACUUCAGAAGGCUAAUGACAAACUCAUGGUUGUAGAAGAAUUAAAAAAACAAUCAGCUGAUGCUGGGCAGCUAGUGGACUCAUAUAUUUCUGGUAAAAUAGUACAGUUGAAAGAGCAAAUAGCCACACUUGAAAAACGCGAGGAAAGGUACAAAACUGUAUUCGCUGAUAGAAUCUCAGUGUUCAGGAGGGCAUGUUGUGAACUGUUUGGUUAUAAGAUUGUAAUGGAUGAUAAACAACGUCCAAAUGGGAUACCUAUAACCCGUUUCACGCUUCAAUCUAUUUAUGCGCAAAGUGAUGAUGAGAAGCUUGAAUUUGAAUAUGAGUCUGGUAACACAAACAUUUUGGUAACUGAGUACACCAAGCAGCCUGAAAUAUCACAACAGGUAGAAAUUUUUAUCCGAAAGCUGAACUCGAUUCCAGCUUUUACAGCCAACUUGACCGUUGAGUCUUUCAAUAGACGCACCCUCUCUUAAGUAGAGUUUUUCUUGUAAUUGAUCAUACAAUUAUAUGCUCAACCUUCCUUUUUGGGUCUUAUUUGAGCUAUCCAUGUAAUCGGUCGAGUAUUACAAUCAUUGUAGCUAAUAUUGUCUUGUUGAGUUGAUUAGCCAGUGGUUGAAGAGGCAACGAUCCAACAUUGUUGAACGAGUCUUAUAUGAAUAGUCGAGUAUAUGUAUGGGAGCUAUGCGGUGCAGAAUAUUACAUUCUUGUGAAAUUUUUACGAACAUUUCAACAAGAAAAAUCCUAAUACGAAAAGGAUGUGUUGAUA